GAGGAGAGGAGGGAGAGAGGAGGCACUUAACAAAAUAGUUAAGACUGGGUUAUAAAUAGAAAAUGAGAGAGGAGGGAGGUAUUUAAACAGCUUUGCAGAGAGAGAGAGAGAGGGAGUAAUAGAUACAGGGUUUACAAGUUGUGUGUGUUACAUUUUCAUGCUGUGUUCAGUUUCAAUAGCUGUAGCCAAACAUAAACAAACCAACCAAGAGAAAAGAAAGACCUCUCUGGUCUUUAUGACUGCUUGAGAAAUAUUAUUAUUAUUAUUAUUAUUAUUAAUAAAUAGUUGGACUAAACCGCUAAGACUCUGGACAGCAGUUGGACAGGCUGUCAACGUUGGACAAUAAGGAAAAGACACCUUUGGAAGGUCAAGUAAUCCAAGAUGGACACCGGGCUAGGGCAGGUGGAACGCAAUGCAUACGAUGCAUCACUUCCUGUCCAGGAGGAUGCUGGGAGCUGCGAGCCGUUGUCCAAUCAGAAUGGAGCAGGGCAAGAGGCCCAGGAAGUGAAGAAGUGCUCUGAGAAGGAGGGUGUGUCUGGUGAGAAGGUGGGCGUGUCAUGUGAGAAGGUGGGCGUGACCCGUGAGACAAUGGGCGGCGUGUCGAAAGGACAGCGGAGGAAAGACAGGCAGACAGACAGACGCAGCGCUCCUCUCCCCUCCCUAUCCCGCUCUCACACGCUCCCUCGUUCCUGUGCCGGGGGAUCCAGGAGAGCCAUCACAGCCCGCUUCGAGGAGCGGAGCGCUGAGGCAGGGUCUUCAGCCCGUCCUAAGUUCAAAGUUCAGAGGUCGACGAGUAUGGGGGCGCCUGGAGGAAACUCACCGAAGCAGGUUUUGCUGCAGUGGUGCAGCUUAAAAACACAGGGGUACCAGAUCUGA